AUGCUUCAGAGAGUUGAAUCGAAUCUUUAAAAUAAGCUUAUUACCCCACUUGAGAGGCAGGAAGUAGAUUCUUAGUUGUCAAUAUAUGAUAAAAAAAUGAUGGUGAAAUAUAAGAAUUUUUAUGAUAAGUUAUUCUUACAAAAUAAGGCAUCAACAAUAACGAUAGAUACAUUAAACAAUGCAAUGGGAGGAUUAAUUGAGUCAAAGCAUGAGCUUUCUAAUCCCUAUCUAUUUCAAUCAAAUAUUGAGUCUCAAAAUCUAAAUGAAUCUGAAAUUCUAUCUCAAACUUAAAUCUAGCCACUUAAAAAUGAGGCUGUAAAGUUAGAACAGAUAUUACAGCAUAACAGCAACUUUUAAUCAAGAUAGGAUACAUUUGUUAAGCAUUUUAAGAUGAGAGAUUUCAUGCAGGAAACUAUGCAAAACAAAUCAUACAUUAAAGAAUCUAGGGCUAAUAUUUCGGUUAUAAAUCAGGCUCACAAUAUAUCAGACAAGCUAAACACCACGCUUCCUUAAAUAAAGAACUAUUAAACUUAAUAGAAUAAAACUCAUAAUAACUCAGUCCUCUAAGACUCAAUAAAAUCAAGGUCAGAAGAGAAAAAGAGAGUUUAUAAUAAGGCAAAUUUAUUAGCAAAUAAGCCUAAUGAUUACUUUUAAUCCAAGCGAGGUUUGUAAUCAGGAUUUUAUCAUCUUCUUUGUGCUUAGGAGAUUUAUAAUAAUGACAAUAUUAAAUAGCAUGGUUAAAAAGAAAAAAUAUAAGAGAGUAGUCCUAAAGGUGGAGAUUUAGAAAUUCCCUUAGUUAAAAAAUUGCAGUAAAACAAACCAGAAAAGCUGAAUACUCUUGAGAGAAUCAAAUUUGAUAAUCCUCUUGGCUAAUAGAAAGCUACUGAUAGAUAUGCUAACUCAAAACUAACAUUAUUUCAAGCUCAUAACAAUAUGAUCAAUGGUAAAAUGCAUAAGUGGAUGAAAUAGCAUUAAGAUGAUAGCUAGUAAGUUUAGCUUAAAUCUUAAUUGAAUGAUGAGAAAGAAUAUGGGAAGAUAAAACUCAAGGUACUUAUAAAGAAUUUUAUUGCUCUUGGAUUGGCUGCCAAUGAAGAUGUGGCUUUUGAUGUAACCCAGAACUUGACUAAUAUAAAUCCUAGUGAACUAAAGAACAAAGAAGUAAUGCUAGAAGAAUUUAUAAGCCUAUUCAAAAGUAAUGACUAUGAAGAUAAGAUCUUGAAAGUGCUCAAUACUGAGAUAUAGGAAAAAAGACUCAAAUUAGAGAAUCUACAAAAACAGAUAAGUUUAAUGAAGGCUCUUACAAAGAAAGAUGAAAAUAAAUCUAUAGAAAGAGAUUUUUAUGAAUCAUAAGAUGAGAAAUAACCCAUUGAAUCCACUUAAUUUUCUGCCAUCAGAAAGUUAAGCUCAUUUAGAACAGACUAGAAAAAGAAAACUACUCAAAAUCUAGAUAUCACAAGGCUCGAAGUUUUUGAUAAUUCUAAUUCAAGGAAAAGUUUAAAUAAGAUAAGAUCAGGAUUUGAGCAAAGUAUUAAGCAUGUAAAAUCAAAGUUUAAUGUAGCAAAUAUAUCUAAAAGCUCAUCAGAGGAAGAAUUUGAAUAAUACAUUAACUUCAAAUUUUAACCUACAAAGCAAAUAGAUAUAGAUUUGAUAAUGAAAGACUAUCAUAAGAAUUUAGAUAAUCUCUAAAAGGAGCAUGAAAAUAUCAAGCAGUCAAAUAUCUAUGAAGAAAUUCAAUAGGACAUUAGACAUAAAUAUCAAACUUAUAAAGAAAUGACUGUUGCAGAGAUAAAAAUAGAAAGUGGUGCAGUUAUUGAUUAGAAAGAAAGAUUGAGAGUCAGCGAGCGAAUGAAGUAAUUCAAAAUAGACUUAAAGGAGAAGUAUGGCUAGUUUGGUGGCAAGUUGUUUUUAGCGAUACUUUAAAAGAUAUUUGAAAUAGAAGAUCGAAAGAAAGGUGAGUCUGAAAAUUUUAGUUUGACUCCUCAUCUCAUGAUGAUUGAUUAGUAGUAAGAUAUGAGCACGCUGGUCAAAAGACUGGUUAAAGAGUAAUACAAAAAGCAAGGACUUAAGUCUGAUGAAAACACUAAUUUCAAAUUUCCACAUGAAAAGCUUAUUAAUCAAGUUGAAUUACUCAAUGAAUGGUGGAGCUUGCUAGAUACUAAUUUUUAAAAAGAGAUUUCAAAGAAGGCUUUUGCCAAGUUUUUACUUGAAAAGAAACUUAUAAAGAAAGAGAUAGAGAUAGAUAGAGUGAUUAAAGUCAUGAUUAAUGAAUUUUUAGUAGAUGGGACUGUCAAAAAGACUCAGUUUAUUAAGUUAUUUACUAAAGCAAUUCUAAAAGGAGCUAUUAUGAACAUUUAUUAUUAUUGCAAAUAUGUGGGGAACUCUGGAGAUGAUAUUGUUCCCACUCAUUUAAAAGUGCUGAAGUUUUAAAGGAAUUUGCUUAUAGGAGGGUUAAAGAAUCAAUAAGAAAUGCUUGGAGUAGACUGUAAUAAUGUAAUUACUGGCCUGGUUAAUCAAAGUUUCAAUGAAGCUAACCAAGACCAAUAAUAGAUCCCUUAAACCCUUGAAGCUCAAGCUAAAAAUCACAGCAUAACACUUUCUGGGAUCAAAGAGUUUAUGGGGAGAAAGAUGCAGUAACUGGACAAUGUAUCCAAAAUCUUGACUAAAGUGAACGAAAAAACUUUAUAAAACUUUGACUUAAGAUAAAAUCUAGAUGUCAAAACGAUUCUUGAAGAAAGUAGCAAAAUCAAAUAGUAAAAAGUUGAUAAGUCUAGAUCAUUUUCAAAGAGGAAAUUGAAACAAAAAAAGGUAGAUCCUGCUUUCCUAGAAUUCUAAAAAAUAAAGCGGGAAAGAGAUCUCAAUCUUAAAAAUAGAGUAGAUGGUAAUGAAUCCACUGUAACUCUUGAAUAUAAUAAGCCGAUUUGA